AUGCAUAAACUCUCCAAAAGGUUACUAGGAUCAGUUCACGUACCCACGUCACCAUCCACGCCUCCAUGCAGUCCGUUUUCAUUAGUUCAACGUCAGUUCUUAUUUUUUCCGACAACAAUGAAUAAACUUAUGGAAGAAAUCCGUCGAGAAAAGCUAAUUGUGGAUCGUUGCAAACAAUCAAUCGAUCGAAAAGAACCUUACGAUUUGAAGUCUAUGAAAAAACAAAUUGAUAUCUCCCUAUCGAAGAUAACAGCGAUGAAACUUCGACUGCUUCAUAUGCAAAACAAUUCUAUUGAUACUCACCAUGCAUCCCCUCCUAACAUUAAACAACAAAUUCUCAAUACUCAAUUAUUGUGUCAUGGAGCACGGAAAGUGCGCGAAAGUUUGAUAAACGACGAAUCGCCAAACGAGAAAGUUCUUCGGGAAACAGAGCAAACGAUUCUCGUACUCAAUGAGAAAUUGGACUUGUUGAUUCAAUGUUCCAAUCAGAAACAAUCAGUUUCCACUCCGAUAAGUGUGCGGAGAACAAGAGAUGGCUCUUCUAAAGACAAAAUUCUUCCAGUUCAAGUCUCGGGACUUUUGAAGAUUAGAGUGACCGGGUUGGCAGAUCUUCCCGUUAAUACAAAACAUCGAGCUGGCAGAUACGCUUCUGAGCUCUUAGCUCAGUCUAUUAAAAAAAAGAAGUCGCCUAUAUUCGGACGCCACGGGUUCCGCCGUCAUCAUCGAGUGCCAGCGAUCAAUGAUUUCAUCGUAGUAAUCCAUGUUGGUGGAAAAGAAGUCGCAACGAUGGUGUGGAAUGAGAAAAAGACGAUGGUCGGUGGAGACGAAGAGACAAUUCAGCUUUUCAAGUCAAGACAGUUGGAUUUUGAAGUUUAUCAUACGGAUAGUCGUUCGUUGUGCGCCAUCGGAUCAAUGCAAUUGGAAUCUCUGCUUAAUGAGCAUGAUGCGAAGUAUCCACAUGCCAGUUUUGCACAUCGAGUCGUGAAUUUGAUGCCAGAGGGAUCUCUCCAUUUUCAGACGACAUAUUCUGAUCCUGAUCAAUCAAUGGGGAAGCGAUUUGGUGAAAACUAUUGCGAUGGAUCGGCUAGACUUUCUCUGAGUGUUCGAAAAAACGGGAGUGUUAUCGCUCGAGACUCGCAAACUCGUUUUCACCAGAGAACUGCGAUUUCUAAGAAUCAGUUCGUUCCACUAACGCCCAACACUAUGCUGAGACCUCGAAGAGUCGAUUCAUUGGACAGUUAUCGACUUCUAAAAGUUAUUGGAAUCGGAGCAUUUGGAACAGUGCAGCUGAGUCAGAGGAUAGAUGAUGACUUGUAUUGCGCCAUCAAGAUCAUUGAAAGAGAUCCGAGAACGCAAACGUUUGAGACUCCGGAACUCCAGAUCCUCAAGAACAUAAACCAUUCGUUUAUUUGUUCCCUGUUGACAAAUUUCAUCGAAAACGACGCCCUCCACCUAGUCAUGGAAUUCUGUGAAGCCGGUGAUCUCCAUACGCAUCUUUCGAGGACUUCGCAUGGAUUCGCCAAACAACAAGUCACAUAUUUUGCUGCAUCGAUUGUGCUAGCAGUGGAAUAUUUGCACGAAAGACUCUAUGUGCAUCGAGAUCUCAAAACGGAAAAUAUGAUGCUCACAAGAGAUGGACACUUGAAGGUCAUCGACUUCGGUCUUUGCAAGAAAUUAUCGUCAAGAGAAGAGAAAAUGUGCGAUAUAGUCGGAACGACGACCCAUUUGUCGGCUGAGAUUCAUAGGAGAGAACCGUAUGGAAUCGAAAUGGAUUGGUGGGCAGUUGGUGUGUCGUUAUAUCAAUUGAGAACUCGUGAGCAACCGUUCUAUGGAACUCGGGAAGUCGAAAUGCAGAAGAAUUCACGAGUCAGAGAAUGGGCAGCAUUCCAUGAUCUUCUCAUCUCUCUAAUGGCAAUUCACCCAGAAGCAAGACUAGGUUAUUACUCAACGGAGGAUGUCAAGAAGCAUCCAUUUUUCAUGGAAACCGAUUUUGAUGCAGUACUUAACUUGAGUUUGCCUCCGCCUUACGUUCCACUGAUGACUCCUGGAUUGGAUCUAGAGUGGUUUGACAAUCCGUAUCACAGUGAACUCGACACUUCAUCAUCUUCAUACUCAUCGAUCAAUUCAUUUCUUGAUAAGGAUAUGACUAUUUGA